AUGCAUGGCAUAGCACCGCAGGUGAUAAAUCUACUCAAACACCUCAUGAACACCUGGAGAACCACUCUGUUUCUAAGAACAAUGGAAGGCAUAGUGAAGUCAAGUAUUAUCGAUAUAAGACGCGGAAUCUUCCAGGGUGAUGCUCUAAGCUGCAUGUGGUUCUGUUUAUCCUUGAAUCCCCUAAGCAAACUCCUCAAUAACACCAACUACGGAUAUAUCAUCAACAAGGAAAGAGGAGUCAGGAUCAGUCAUCGCCUCUACAUAGAUGACUUAAAGAUAUAUGCUUCGAGCACAGAGCAGCUGCGACGACAACUUGAAAUUGUCGCAGCUUUCAGCGAUUCAAUCAAGAUGGAAAUGGGAACCGAUAAGUGUGCUACGCUCGAAGUAAAAAGGGGAAAGAUUCAGGAACCUCGAACCACUACCCUGAUGGACUUCAAUAGGAUUUCCGCACUGAAUGAGGAUGAGUCGUACAAAUACCUGGGAAUAAAUCAGGCCCUCGACAUAAGAACAUCAGAAAUGAAAGUCAUUUUCAGGGAGAGGCUGUAUAGGAGAGUGAACUUGCUGCUGAAAUCUGGCCUGAACUCCAAAUCGCUGUUCACCGCAAUCAAUAUUUGGGCUAUACCGGGCAUUACUUAUUCGUUCGGUGUUCUCGCCUGGUCACAGACGGACCUUAGGGAGAUUGAUAGAAAGAUUAGAACUAUGCUAACGAAGAACGGCAUGCACCACCCCCACUCAUCCACCAUUAGACUUUAUCUUCCGAGGAAAAACGGGGGAAGAGGACUCAUAAACAUAGAGACAGCCCAUGCGGAAAAUGUUAAUGCCCUAAGAACAUAUUUCAUGCAGCUGGACUCACCUGUUAGUGUGGCAAUCCGGGAGGCUGACGUAAACAUCUCCAUACUGAAGUUGUCGGUUCCGGAUUAUAAGCUGGCGGCUCCAUCCGUUAGUGAGUGCGUGGAGGAGUGGGGUGGAAAGGCUCUGCAUGGGAGGUAUCCUGGUCACCUGAAAAGCAGAGAGGUCAAUGAAGUGGAGUCGCUUACUUACCUUCGGGCAGGAUACCUGUUUCCUGAGACAGAGGGGAGACUUCUGGCGAUACAGGAUCAGGUGAUGCCAACGAGGAUGUACUUGAAACAUAUCGCCGGGCAGGACAUCCCCUCCACCCUCUGUCGCAAGUGUUCCCAGGCUCCUGAGUCGAUUCAGCACAUGACUUCGGCCUGCUCCAUCAUGGCCCCGAGAGACUAUCUUGAAAGGCACAAUGCCAUGGGAAAGAUCUAUCAUCAGAAACUGGCACUCAAGUUAGGAUUGAUUCAAAACGAAAUCCACCAAUAUCUGUAUGCGCCGAAGCCUCUUUUACUGAACCACCGAUACAAAUUGUAUUGGGACUCAACAUUAAUAACGGACCGAGGUGUAGCCCAUAAUCGACCGGAUGUAGCGCUGUUCGAUGAAGAAAAGAAAACCUGCUUGUUGCUGGACUUUACAAUUCCAGCCGAUGAGAACUUAGCUAGGGCAUACAGUGAUAAGAUCUCGAAAUAUGGUGACCUCGCCUAUCAACUCCGCGAGAUGUACGAUUUGAGAUCCAUUAGUAUCCUCCCAUUGAUAAUGUCGGUUAAUGGACUGGUUGAGAGGCAUUUAGUGGAGAAUACGGAAAGAUUGGGUUUGGGACGCGAAGUCAUCUCUAGCGCCCAAAAACAGGUCAUUCUGGGAACGGUGAGAAUUGUGCGGAAAUUCCUGGAGGCCCCGUAG